AAUAUUAAGUUAUAUUUUUUGGAAUUGUGCAACUUUUCUUUUGUUGAGAAACAAAUGAUAUAGAACCGGCGUUAAUAUUCAGAAGACUCAACCGGCGGUAUCGAGAAUAUUUGUCGGCGAAGGUCUCUAUUUGGCUCGUUGCAACGUUGCGGUAGUUGUGCAAAAGAAAAACGAAAAAAGGAAAUUUUCGCAAAUUAUUUUCUAUAAAAUUACCUAAUUGCUUUAACUUUUAUCAAAAAGUGUAUUUAAUAUGUAUAUUUAAAAGGUGACACAAUUUUACAAUACAUUAUAGUAAAAAUAAUAAAGUUGAAAGAUUUUUAUUAGUUUUGCUUUGUCUUUCAUUACACUUUCUAGGGUGAUCGAAAAGUGUAAAAGAAAAUAAAAAUAUUCGCAACAACCCGUCAUUUUUUACUAAUUAUAUUAUAAAAAAAUAAAAAAGUAAAAAGAGAAUCUUUAAAAGCAAACUAAAAUACAUAAGUGUUAAAAAAGAAAGAAAUAAGAGAAAACUUAAAAGGUUGACAAACGCGUUUAUAAGUGCGUGUGUGUUUUUGAAACGCUGCGCGAUCCCCCACCCUUGCAAUUACAAUUUUUGUUCUACUACACCUAGUCUUACAACUAGAAUAAUUUUCUGGUGCUGGUACAUUAACUGCAGCUAUUUGAGCUACAUAAUUACGAACAAAAAAACUAUAUUUUAAUGUUUUCAAAUUUAAAUCGGGGCAAAGAAAAAUUUAGUAAAAUAUUUCAUCGUUUAGGGUUGGUUGAUUUGUUUGCUUUAUUGUUAAAGUCAUCGAAAACUGUGUGUUGACUGACAUUCGUUCGUUCUAUGUUUUCAAUCGAUAACGAUAAAAUCAAGAACAACAUACAUAUGUACUGUAAGUUUUAAUAUAUUGUACGCAAAGAAUAUACGCGUAGAAAUAAACUAAAAGAAAAAGAAAAGCAGAAAUUAAGAAAAACGAGCAGUAAGCAUCAGCAUAGACAGCAGUAGAGGCUCCUUAACCCGUUAUGGAUAAUAAGGCAGCAUCAACGUUACAAACAGCACCAGCUUCUAAAACAGCAGAAGCAGUGUCCAUUGUCAACAAUAAUAACAACAAUAACAUCAACACGAAAAUAGCAACAACUAACGGCAUAAAGGAGAAUAAUAGUAACAAUAUAACAACGGCUCAAACAACAUCAACAUCAAUUGUGGUUACGAAUACAUCAACCGGCUUCGAUAGCAGUGGUAUACCAUCAUCUACACCAUUAUUAGGUGCAAAUAAAAAUUCGGAGGCCAACAAGGAAAACAAAAGAACUCCCCCUCCUGUGUCUCCAAUAACCAAAGGCUUAGACAUAACUACAACACCUCUUGUGAAAAAAGAAAAACGUCAAAGCAGCUCACGUUACAAUGUCUCAAAAAAUUGUGAACUUACACCAUUGCCUCCAUUAAAUGAGAUUAAUACUAGCAACAAUAGUAUAUCAUUAAAUGCGACAACAGCAUCCAUGUCAAUGGCGGCCUCUUCUUCGAAUACCGGAGGAGUGGGAUCUUCUUCCUCGGCAACAACAAAUCCCAUUUCAGCAACCACAUCAUCCAUUGUCUCAACACUGGCUCAACAUUUUAAUGCAGCUACAUCAGCUACACAACUUUUAACAACUGCCUCAUCAACGCUUGGUUCAAAUAACAAGUCUCCAGUGAGCGCAGCUACAGCAAUUAAAAAUAUACUUAAUGCUACAAAAAAUGUGGGCAGUGGUGGUGCUGCUUCUAAUAAUACGGCCUCAAAUAGCAGCUAUAACACAAAUAAUGUCAGUGGUACUGGACAAGGACAGUAUAAUGCAGUGUUGUCUACAACAACGACGACACAAGCAUCAACUUCUGCCCCAUUGGCGUCACAGUCGGCAGCAGCAACUGCAUCAACUAAUUCAAGUUCCGUUACCCAAUCCAUUGUCAGUGGCAUUAGCAUUUCCUUGGGUAUAGGAAAUGCUGCAAACAAUACUAAUAAAAUAACACGAAACAAUGGUUCCAGCACUGCACAAAUAAAAUUGCAAAAUAAUGCCAGUCUUGUAGGCGGACCAGCUACUAACGUACAGUAUCAAAAUGGAAAUGAAAGUAACGAUGAUAAUCCAGACAAUUCAGAUUGCCAGAAUAUAAAUAAUCCGGAUGGAAGUGGUUCAAAUGGUUCGGGGGGACCCUUUGUAACUCAAACAACUUUGCAGCAAAUUUCUGGCAGUCCUGGACGAGCAAGGGACAGAAAUGUUUUUCAUACACCUACAUCAUCAGCAACAGCAGUACAGUUACCGCUACUACGAGAAACACCAGCCAAUGAACGAGAAGAACUGUUUGUUCAGAAAAUAAGGCAAUGCUGUACACUGUUCGAUUUUUCCGAGCCAUUAAGCGACCUAAAAUGGAAGGAGGUGAAAAGGGCGGCUUUACACGAAAUGGUUGAAUAUUUGUCUAAUCAAAAUAAUGUUAUUACAGAAGCCAUUUAUCCAGAAGCAAUAAAUAUGUUUGCUGUAAAUUUAUUUCGUACUUUGCCUCCUUCUUCAAAUCCUAAUGGUGCUGAAUUUGAUCCGGAAGAAGAUGAACCGACAUUGGAGUCCUCUUGGCCCCACUUGCAGUUUGUUUACGAAUUGUUUUUGCGUUUUUUAGAAUCGCCCGAUUUUCAACCAAACAUUGCCAAACGCUACAUAGAUCAUCAGUUUGUUUUGCAAUUGUUGGAUUUAUUUGACUCAGAGGAUCCACGUGAACGUGAUUUCUUAAAGACUGUUUUACAUCGUAUAUAUGGAAAGUUUUUGGGCUUGAGAGCAUUUAUACGCAAACAAAUCAAUAAUGUCUUUUACAGGUUUAUCUAUGAAACUGAGCACCACAAUGGCAUUGCUGAAUUGUUGGAAAUUUUGGGUAGUAUAAUAAAUGGGUUUGCUCUACCUCUUAAGGAGGAGCAUAAACAGUUUUUGCUUAAAGUUUUAUUGCCUUUGCAUAAAGCGAAAAGUCUUUCUGUUUAUCAUCCACAAUUGACCUAUUGUGUGGUGCAAUUCUUAGAAAAGGAUCCCAGUCUAGCUGAACCGGUUAUAAAGAGUCUUUUGAAAUUCUGGCCAAAAACCCAUAGUCCGAAGGAGGUUAUGUUUCUUAAUGAACUUGAAGAACUGUUAGAUGUCAUAGAACCAGCCGAGUUUCAAAAAGUAAUGGUACCAUUGUUCCGGCAAAUCGCUAAAUGCGUUUCAUCACCACAUUUUCAAGUGGCCGAACGUGCGCUGUACUAUUGGAAUAACGAGUAUAUAAUGUCAUUGAUAUCAGACAACUCCCAAGUCAUUUUACCAAUAAUGUUUCCUGCCUUAAAUCGUAACUCGAAAACUCACUGGAAUAAAACUAUACAUGGUCUCAUAUAUAAUGCAUUAAAAUUAUUUAUGGAGAUGAAUCAACGUUUAUUUGAUGAAUGUAGCAAAAAUUACCGGCAGGAGAAGCAGUUAGAGCGUGAAAAAUUUGCCCAGCGUGAAGGUCUUUGGCAACAGGUUGAGAAUAUGGCCAAAACAAAUCCAGAUUGGACAAAAAUUGUUGGCCAAAUGGAUAGUUUGAGUAUUUCUAGUAGUCAAAAUGAAUUUGAUCAGGACAAUGACAAUUGCGAUUUAACUUAUGACAAGUUGGAUUAUGAUGACAGACAACAACAACAGCAGCAGCAACAUCAAUCAUCACAACUACAUAGUUCUGUCCAAGAAAAUCGCGAGAAAUCGCCACGUAACAAGGAUAAACCGUUGCUUAGACGAAAAUCUGAUUUGCCAGCUGACAGCGGCACAGUUCGUGCCCUAAUUGAGCACAAAAGACCCGAUGAAUAUUUAAAAACACCACCAGAUGCAAACAUGUAUUAAAUAAAAAUAAAACAAUUAAAUAAAAUAUUAAGAGGGCUGCAUAAUACAAACAAAAUGAAUAAACAUGCACACUACACAAAAACAAAACAACAACAUGUUACUUAAGACCAGCACAACGCGGGCGUUAAAUCUAUAAAAAUAUACAAGUAGUUUUUUUUUUCUAUUUACAUAAAAAUAUACACAAAUAAAUAGCAGUAUGUACUACAUACUACAUUUUAGUGGUCAGCCAAGCAGCCAGAGCUACUUGUUGAAAAUAAUUAUAAUUACAACAAAAUUAUUUUUCAUACACACACAAAAUAUUAAUAAUUUUGAAUAUUUUUCUAACUAUACACAAAUCUACUUAUCUACUUUAUCUAUAAAUAUGUAUACAUAAUAAAUUGCAUACAAAAUAUAUUUUUUUUUUAAAUCAAGACCAUCGUUAUAUGUAUGUGAACAUCUAUUUAAACAUCUAAUUGGUAAUCAUUUUAUAUUUACUACAAUUUUUGGAAAAACAAAGUUUGUUAUUUGCAAGUUAGCAAUUUUUGAAUAAUUUCUUUUCUUUUUCUAAAAGCCCCCUGUUCUACCCUAACAAAAUUGCAAACUUUUCUUUUGUCACACAUUUUAAAUUUCAGUUGGUUAUAUAAAUUGUAUGCAAAAAUAUCGUAUAUAUUAUUUAAUUUAAGCUUUAUUUCUCUUUUUUAAAACAAGACUAAUUCUUUUUUUAUAAUAAAAAAUCUGCACAGUAGCUCAACAAAGAAAUUACAUAAGAAAAAACAUAGUUUCAAAUGUUUGUCCAUUUAAAUCAGGGGCCAUAUUCGGUUUACGUAGCAGAAACACAUUUCCAUAUCGAAAUUAAGUGUCAAUUUACUAAAUCACGUAGGCGAUAAUUCGGUCCCAAUUUUUAUACGUUUGAUUCUUUUAAGAAUAAAAUGGAAGAUAAUUAACUAUUGUUCGAUAUUUUAAAAAUUUUGUUUGUGAAAUUUAAAGUAUUCGCAUAAAUAUUGAAAUUGUUCAACAUUUUAGUGGAAAAUUGUUUACACAUAAGUCUAUUUGUUUUUGUUUUUCUUUGUUGAGGUACUGUUUACACAAUAUUAAUACAUAAUAUGCAUGUCUGAAACAUGUUAAAAAUAAAAACUAUACUACUUUUAUAUUUUUGUAAUUGGUAUAAUAUUUUAAAAAAUAAACAAUUAUGCAAUUCACAACCUAUUCUAAGAGUUGUAAGUAAAUGAUGAAUGAGUAUUCGUUUAAAAAUAAAUAUUUUACAAAAACGACAUACAACUCUCACAAUACGUUGGGAUUUUAGUAAAUAUUUCUCUAUUUAUGUAAGUUGUAAGAAGGACACUCUUUUUGUGUUGAUUUUAUUUUCAUUUCAGUAUCAAUAUUUAAAAUAAAUGUUAAGGCAUGAAUUUUUAAUAUUUCUUUUUGUAAAAUUGUUUGCAUGAAAACAAAAACCCCCAAAAUCCUCAAAUAUUUGAUGUUUUGUACAAGAGCAGUCAGCGCAAUUAAAAAGGUUCUAAUUGAAAAGAAAACGUAUAUAAAUAUUUCAGCUAUUCAACGUCCAUCACAAAAAGUAUUUACGUUAACUGCUUAAAAUAAUUGUUUUUAAGAUAAUAAGCAGUUUUUUUUUGUUUGUUGUUUUAAUUCGUUUAUAAUAUAGUCGAAUAAAAAAAAAAAUAUUUUGAUUACACAGAAACACAUAUAGUGUGAAAAAAGCUUAAAAUGUUAAUCUAAAGAAACAUUUUUCUCUUUAAAGUUUAAACAGAACUAAAUUUCAUGGAAAUUUUUUAAAAUUAAACAAUUUGUGUUUGUGGUCGUUGCAGUGGUGCAAUAUUUAAACAUAAAAAGAAAUGAUAAUGUUAUUAACAUACCAUUUUCAUAAUUAUGUAUGUACAUCCUAGAACAUCGAUCAAAUAAU